AUGCCUGGAGCAGCCUCCGGAGUCGCUGUUGGUGCUGUCGUCGCGCCAAAGCGCCACCUCCAGACCGUGAUCAAGGCGCUGGACGAACGGCAGUGGCGCAAGAAGCGGACAAAGGUGCACGAGUACGACUGCGAGCACCUCGCCGUUGCCGUCGCGCCGGAGGGCGCACGGGCGCUCGACGCGUUUGGCUCGGAUGCCGAGUCGUUGGUCCCGGCUCCGCUUGCCGCCCUCCUUCGCGACGGCGCGGUGCGCUGGGCCACUGGUCACCGGCACCUCUUCGCCGGCGUGGGAGGCUUCCGACUGGCGCUCGACGGCCUCGGCGGCCGCUGUGUCUUUGCGUCCGAGAUCGACCCGUGCGCCGCCGCGACGUACGAGCGGAACUUUGGUGACGCGCCUCUGGGCGACAUCACGGAGGUCCCGGACGAGGCGCUGCCUGCGCACGACUUGCUGACGGCGGGCUUCCCGUGCCAGUCCUUCUCGCGGAGCGGCGAGCAGCGCGGGCUGGGCGAUGCGCGCGGCGACCUCUUCUUCGAGAUUGUGCGCGUCGCGCCGGCGGCGCUGCUGCUUGAGAAUGUGCCAAAUCUUCUCCGCGUCGACAACGGCCACGCACUGCACAUCAUCGUCCACGCGCUCGCCCGCGCCGGGUACCACUGCCGCCUGAAAAAGAAAAACACGGGGUACCAUGGCACCCCGCUUGGUACCCUACCUCCACAGUACCGAACCCUGGGCGAGCUGCUCGAGCCGCUCGCGGACGAGGAGCGGUCGCGGUACGAGCUGAGCGAGACGCAGUGGCGACAGGAGCUGAACCCACACUGGAUUCGAGACUCUGGAGGUGUGGUGCACGUAGGCUCGUACCGAAAGUCGUACAGUCGCUUCUCCGAGUUUGUGCCGCCGGCGAGGGGCGUCCUACCAUACCUCCAGAGUGCCGAAUCCGGCUUCCCAGACAGCUUUGUCCUGCGGGGCGGCAAGCUGUACACGCAGCUUGGCAACGCGGUGUGCGUGCCGGUCGUCCGCGCGAUCGCGGAGCAGAUCCUUGCGGCCGUUGAGGGCGUGGCCGUCGAGGGCGCGGCUGACAAGGGCGCGGCUGACGAGGGCGCGGCCGACGAGGGCGCGGCCGACGAGGCCGGCGUCGCUGUCUUUGUCCGCGAUCAACUUGCUGCCGAGCGGUUCGCGCGCGUGCUCGCGCGGCCGCCGGAGCGCCUCUUUUGCAUGGAGUGCGUCUGCACGUACAGCCUCGACCCUUCCGCGACGCCGACGGCGGGUUGA